AUUAAUCACUUUGCUUGGCACUCACUCUCUGCAACUAUUUCAGAUUUUCCAAAGUCAAGUUACAUUUUAGGGUUUCCUUUAUUUUCUUCAUCUCAGAUUCAUUCGAUUCAAUUUUGGAUUCAAUUUUAUUUGUUGUGUAAAUUUCAAAAACAAAAAAUCGAAAUUGCAGAUCCGAAUGAAGGAGUGAUUAGUUUAAUUUUCACGAUUCGAAAUGUCUGAGAAUAAUCACUUAUCGGAGCGGAUUCCGGAUUUGGAUUCUCAAUCAAAUGGGGUUAAUACCGAAUCAAACAUUGAUACUUAUCAAAAUCAGGUAACACAUGUUGAUCUCAAAGAUGAAGUUCUGGGAGAAUCUGAAGAUGUUAAAUCUACAGAGGAUAACAUGUUUGUUGAUUGCCCCGACGAGCUAAUCACGUUCGACGGUAAGCAAAAGGAAGAAGAAGCUGUAGCUGCUGAUGAAAAUGAAGAGGAAAGUCAAAUUCUGCAUCAACAACAGAGUCAUUUUGGUGAACUGGACAAUGGCGUAGCUGGGGAGCUGGAACAGCUGCGGGUGAAGUUGGAGAAUGCUGUUGCUGAGAAAGAAAGUGUUGUGAAUGAAUAUCAGGAGCUUUUAUCUGCGAGGGACCGCGAGAUAGAGAAUCUAAAUGAAAAGGUUUCACAAUUAAUGAUAUCGAAUGAGAGCCUGCAAGCUUCAUCGGAAGCCCAACUUGAAAAGGAUGGUGAUAUUGAUAAUGUGAUCGAUAGGAUGAUAUCCUCUCUUGCAAGUGUUGUUAAUCAAGGGCAAUUAUUGGAUGAUUCUAGAAGUGGGAAAAUAGUGUAUAUCGAGGAAAGCACUGCGGUUUUGAUUGAAAAGUAUAAUCAGAUGCUUUCUGAUAUUUAUCAACUUGGACAGUCUUUUUCUGAGGUUGGCUCUGAUACUGGGGAACUGGAAUAUGGGAACAUACUUGUUGAUGCUCGUGGUGGGUUACUGGAGCUCAAGAGAAAGGAAGAUCAAUUGGUUGAUAAGCUGUCUCAUUUAGAAAGCGAAAAUCAGAAACUGGUAGAAGAGCUUGACAAGGAAAGGACGGUGAUAGGGACAUUGAAUACUGAGCUUGGAAAUAUAAAAGUAGAACUUGAGCAGGAAAAGGUCAAAUCUGCUAAUACCAAAGAGAAGCUUAGUAUGGCUGUGACAAAAGGAAAGGCAUUGGUACAACAGCGAGAUUCACUAAAGACGUCUCUGGCUGGUAAAUCCAGUGAGCUUGAGAAAUGCUUAACUGAAUUGCAGGAGAAGUCAGCUGCACUAGAAGCCGCUGAACUUACUAAAGAGGAGUUGGCCCGGAGUGAAAAUAUGGUUGCAUCCCUGAAUACUUCACUACAACAAAAUGAUUCCAUUUUUGUGCAAGUAGAAGAAAUCUUGUCUCAUGCCGAACUUGAUCAGCCUGAAAUGCUUGAUUUGCCUGAGAGACUUCGAUGGCUUGUGGAUGACAGGAAUAAACUGCAGGGUGCCUUCCUGGAAUUACGCAAACUGAAGGAAUCCCUAUCUCUAGUGGACUUACCAGAACCUGUUUCAUCAUCUGAUCUAGAAUCACAAAUGAACUGGCUUAUAGUUUCUUCUCACAAGGCCCGCAAUGAUAUUUAUGUUCUACAGGAAGAAAUUUCUACAAUCAAGGAAGCAUCCGUCAACUGUAUUGAUGAUUUGAGUAUUUUGCUUUUGGUAGACUCACAGGAAAAAGAUUACCUUCGGUCUGAAUUAACAGAUUUGAGGUUCGAAUAUGGAGAACUUGUUGGCAAGAACCAUCAGAUUUCUUUGGAGAAGGAUCAGAUCGUGAAAAUGUUAGUAGAUUUUUCUGGUCUAAACAUGGAAGAUGAAGGAAUUGAUCAAUUUUCUUCUAACACUUUGAUGAUCAUUGACUUAUGCUUUCAAAAAGUAAAAGGGCAGAAUGGUACCCUCACCAGAGCAUCUCAUAUUGAUCCCGAAUUGUUUGAAAGGGUUCAAAGUCUUCUGUAUGUUAGGGAUCAGGGCUUAAACCUCUAUGAGGAUAUACUGGAAGAAGAUAUUCUAAUCAGAUCAGAUGUGAAUAAACUGGCCAAUGAGUUAAAAGUGGUAUCCAACGAAGUUAUAGCACUGAAAGAAGAAAAGAGUUCUCUGCUGAAAGACCUUGAACGAUCAGAGGAGAAGACUGGCAUGCUUAGGGACAAGUUGUCCAUGGCAGUUAAGAAAGGAAAGGGAUUGGUUCAAGAUAGGGACAAUCUAAAAGGUCUUAUAAACGAAAAAAACUCAGAGAUUGAGCAGUUGAAGGUUGAUUUGGAGAAGCAAGAAUCUGUAGUUUCUGAAUACAGGGAUGAGAUCAAUAGAUUGUCCAGUGAUUUGGAAAGAGAUAAGGACAAUCUACAAAGUCUUAUAAAUGAAAAGAAUUCAGAGAUUGAACAGUUGAAGGUUGAUUUGCAGAAGCAAGAAUCUAUGGUUUCUGAAUACAAGGAUGAGAUCAAUAGAUUGUCCAGUGAUUCGGAAAGAGAUAGGAACAAUCAACAAGGUCUCAUAAAUGAAAAGAACUCAGAGAUUGAUCAGUUGAAGGUUGAUUUGCAGAAGCAAGAGUCUGUAAUUUCUGAAUACAAGGACGAGAUCAAUAGAUUGUCCAGUGAUUCAGAAAGAGAUAGGGACAGUCUACAAGGUCUCAUAAACGAAAAGAACUCGGAGAUAGAGCAGUUGAAGGUUGAUUUGCAGAAGCAAGAUUCUGUAGUUUCUGAAUACAAUGAUGAGAUCAAUAGAUUGUCCAGUGAUUUGGAAAUUAUUCCAAAGCUAGAGGCUGAUCUUUUGGAAAUAAAAAGGGAAAGGAAUCAGUUUGAACAGUUCUUGAUGGAGAGCAAUAACAUGUUACAGAGAGUGAUGGAGUGCAUUGAUGGUAUUGCUCUUCCAGUUGAUCCAGUCUUUGGUGAACCUAUGGAAAAGGUGAAAUGGCUUGCUGGUUAUGUCAAUGAAUGCCAAGAAGCUAAGGUACAUGUAGAGCAACAGUUGCAGUUAGUAAAGGAGGAGGCCAGUAUACUUGAAGCUAAAUUGGCAGAAGCCCAUGAAACUGUAAACUCCCACGGGCAAAGAUUAUCUUCUUCCGAGGGCAGUGUUUCUCAACUUGCUGAAGAAAAGGCAGAGUUAGAACAAGAGAAAGAAAAAGUUGUGGAAGAGUUACAGAAAGUUAAAGAAAAAGUUGCUGAAGUUUGCAGUACUAGUAAGUCACUUGAAGACGCUUUAUCACAGGCAGAAAAAGAUAUUUCUGUUCUUUCCGAGGAGAAAGAGCAGGCUCAAGUAUCUAGAGUUGCUGCAGAGACAGAGUUAGAGAGAGUUAGAGAUGAAGCAGACAGGCAGACAAGAGAACUAUCAGAGGCCAGCAUUACCAUAAAGGAUCUAGAAGUUGAACUAUCUCAGGUUGAGAGUAAGGUGAAUUUAUUGACCGAAAAGAAUAAUGCUGAUCAAGCUGUCAAGACUGAAUUGGAAAAUGAAUUGAAGAAGCUGCAAGAUGAAGCAGCAAAUAAUGCUAGCAAGUUGGUAGGUUCCUCUGAAACUAUAAAAUCAAUGGAAGAUGCAUUGUUGAAGGCGCAAGAUGAUAUUUCUACCCUGGAAGAUGCAAAUAAAAUUGCCAAACAGGAGAUAUCUUCGCUCAGUUUAAAGUUAAAUUCAUACAUGGAUGAGUUAGCUGGAAAGAAUGGCAGCUUAGAGAACAAGUCUCUAGAGCUCAUUGGAUUCCUUAAUGAUCUUCAGGUGCUUAUGAAAGACGAUACUCUAUUUCUUAGGAUAAAACAAUGCUUUGAGAAAAAAUGUGAGACCCUGAAGAAUGUGGAUCUCAUUGUGAGCAAAGUAAGAAACCAUAUUUCCCUGUCCGCUAAGGAUUCUGUAGGGCACCUUGAGAUGGAGGAAGAUCCACCUGUGAGAAAAUCAUUUUCAGAUGGCCUUGAAAAAUUUGAAGUCGAACUGGACAACAGAGAGAUUAAUGGAAUUGAUAUUGACACCAUAGUUUCAUCAUUUGGAAAGAUUGUGAAAGGAUUUCAGAUGAGAAAUGAACAUAUUGCAGAUAAGUUUGAUGAAUUUUCUGAUUCUAUUGAUGCCUUUAUUUCUCCUCUCCAUGGAAAACUACUGGAAACAGAGUCUAAUAUAAUGGCUAUUGUUGAGCACGUGGAAGGGAUGAAAGAAAAGGCAAAUAGCGUGACAAAGUUGAACGAAGAAAAGGAUAAUAUUAUUGCCGCUUUAGAGAACGAUAUCAGUUUAUUGCUGUCUGCAUGCACUGAUUCUACCAGUGAACUUCAGAAGGAAGUUCACCAAAAUCUUGGGCAACUUGGCUCCACUUUUGAGGUUGAGAAGCUAAACCACAAUGCAGAUGAACAAGUAGAACAUUAUAAGAACAACGCAUAUGCAGACGCUUCAAGAAAGUUGAUAAAUGCUUCUGGAGAAGUUCAAACUUUGAUUAGACAGUUCAAAUUUAAAAGUGAGCAAGUAGAUGCAACAGUUAGAGAUUUGCAGACCAAAUUGAACGAAACAACAGUUGCUUUUGAAUUGGCUACAGAGGAGAAAGACUUAAAUAUGAACAAAGUUUUGCAGUUGGAGUCUGAUAUUCAAUCACUCGAAAAUGCAUGCACUGAGCUUAAGGAUAAGGUAGAGCAUUAUCAUAUUCUAGAAGAAAAAUUAAAGGACAAAGAGGCAGAGAUUUCAUCAAUGCACAGUGCUUCAUUGAAAAAAGAAGAAAGCUCCAUCCUUUCAACAUCUCAGUUGAGAGAUAUCUUUGACAAGAUAGAUAGGAUUGAAAUCCCUAUUGUAGAAUCUGAAGAUAGUAUGGAGUCACAUACUUCAGACCCUGUGAAGAAGCUCUUUUACAUUAUUGAUAGUGUUACUAGGUUGCAUCAUCAAAUAAAUUCUCUAUCUCAUGAUAAAAAAGAGAUGCAAUCAAUCCUCGAAACUAAGGCCCUUGAAAAUAAGGAUCUAAAGGAGGAAGUUAAACAACUAAAUAGUCACUGUGAAGACUCAAAAAUGAUCAAGAAUGAACUGUCUGAAUUGACCUCUGUCUUAGAAAAAAUAUUAGAUAUUUUGGGAGCCAACAACUGGGUUGUAGAUAGACAAUCUAAAGGUUUUAGAGAAUUAUUGCCACCAUUGGAAAAGCAUAUCAUUGCCAUUCUUUCAGAAUCUGAAAAUUCAAAAUCUAAGGCUCAUGAACUUGGUAUUAAAUUAAUUGGAAGUCAGAAGGUUAUUGAUGACUUAACAACCAAGGUUAAAUUACUUGAAGAUACGAUUCAAGAUAGGAUUUCUCAGCCAGAAAUUGUCCAGGAAAGGAGCAUAUAUGAAGCACCCUCAUUGCCUGCUGGCUCCGAGAUAACUGAAGUUGAAGAGGGAUCUCUUGGCAAAAAAGCAUUAUCUCCUGUCCCAUUGGCUGCUCAUGUGCGAAAUAUGCGAAAAGGAUCUAGUGACCAUCUUGCACUAGAUAUUGGUGGGGAGUCUGAUCAAUUAAUCAACAGUGCUGAUACCGAUGAUGAUAAAGGUCAUGCAUUCAAGUCUCUGAACACUUCUGGAUUCGUACCGAAACAAGGAAAGCUCAUUGCAGAUCGUAUUGAUGGAAUCUGGGUAUCCGGUAGUAGGGUUCUUAUGAAUCGUCCCAGAGCAAGAUUAGGACUCAUUGGCUAUUUGCUAAUCAUGCAUUUAUGGCUACUGGGGACGAUAUUGUAGAAAAAUUGUGCUCUAGGCAAUCUGGACUACUCAACACUUAUGUCCUGCAUUUGCAAAUUGUAAUGUAGAUAGAUAUAGUAAAUGUCAUUUUGCUUCUGAAUGAAGCCUACCCUGUUUUUCUUUAGUCUCAUCACACCCUCUAAUAGUUUUCUCUGCAAUCACAUUUUAGGGAUUCAGAGAUUAUAGUUUUCAUGUCUGGGUUCAGUUUUUUAUAGGCUUCAAUUAUUUUUAUUGUAAUUGCAACCCUUACAUUGUAUUUGCCCUACAUUUGUUUCAAAAUUAAGGGAUGUGGUAGGUAGGAAAUAGGUAGAUGAAUUUUUUCACUUGUUAGUAUAAUAAAACUGUAGAGAUAUUUCAAGAGUGCCUCAUUUCUAUCUCAAGCAAUGAAUAAAGACAUACUGAGGCUAUUUGAAGA